AGUUCGCAUCCCGGAGGCUGCACCGAUUUCGCUCUUCUUGGGAACAAGCGCAGGUUUAUUUCUCCGUUGCCUUCGGUCCAGCUGGACCAUUAAAAACACUCCGAACAAUUUUUUCCUCUUUUCACCUUCCUUAUGUCGCCGAAGAGUAUUAAUAUAACUGGCUUUUCCCCACUUCCAGCCAAGAUUAAAAUCCCCACGCUGGUAACUCAUAUUUCGCUACAACUAGGCGAAUAUCCAGCGUUUUCUUUGCAAUUAGCCGGUUUUCGUGGACUGGCUUCCACUUCUCCCGUGGAAAGGCUAAAGUACUCUGCUGCGACUUUGGGGGGGGAUUGUUUCCCGAUGUGUGGGACGACAUUGUCCUCUGUCCCUAAGCACCCCAGUUGGGGAGAGGGACAGCUGUAACCCCGUUUAUCUGGAAGCCACAGGCAACCCCUUCCUUGCUCUUGCUAUCCCGGCUUCGGCGGGGAAGCGCCUUGGUGAGGCCCGCCUGCCUCGCGCAUGCGGCUGACCAGGUUGCCUCCUAGCCCGGGCGGGGUUUGCUUACAUCGCUGCCGCCGCCGCGGUUGGGUAACAUUAGGAUAACAAGCGGCCGGCCACAGGCAAGUGGGGACUGCCUCCUUCGCCUCCCCGGCGAUGGGCGCAGCCUGGAGCAGCCCCGCGGAGCGGGAGCCCCUCUUGCCUCCUACGCCGCCCGCCGGAGCGCCGCCGUUUGCUCAACAUGGCCAGUCCUAUCGGGUGGCGGCGGCGGCGGAGUCGCGGGGCAGAGGGACGCCUCCGGCGGGACCCCUGCCUCGCCUGCCGCCGGUGCCGGGCCGCGUGUACGGGCGGCGCUGGCUGGUGCUGCUCUUCUCGCUGCUGGGCUUCUUUCAGGGCCUGGUGUGGAAUACGUGGGGCCCUAUUCAGAACUCGGCCCGCCAGGCCUUCGACUUCUCCAGCUUGGAUAUCGCCCUGCUGGUCUUCUGGGGGCCCAUCGGCUUCGUGCCCUGCUUCGCUUUCAUGUGGCUGAUGGACAAGAAGGGCCUCCGGAAAACUGUGCUGCUAACAUCCUUUCUCAUGGUAGUAGGCGCUGGCCUGAGAUGCAUACCUGUAUCCAACCAACAAACAAGGAAAUGGCUAAUACACGGAGGACAGCUGUUAAAUGGAUUGGCAGGCCCAACUGUAACAAGUGCUUCUCCACUUCUUUCUACUACGUGGUUUUCACCAGAUGAACGUGCCACUGCCACAGCUAUUGCAUCAUUGAUCAGUUACCUCGGUGGAGCAUGUGCAUUUUUAGUAGGACCUUUGGUAGUUCCAGGGCCAAAUAGCACAUCAGCAGAUCCACCAGUGUUUGGAAAUAGUCCUGAAUACAUAAAGGACCGCAUUGAGGCUGUAUUGUUUGCAGAAUUUGGCAUUGUGGCUGUGAUAUUCUCUGCAGCGCUAGCUUACUUCCCAUCACGUCCUCCAUUCCCACCCAGCGUGGCUGCAGCUAGUCAGAGGCUCAGCUAUGGAAGAAGUUUUUGUAGGCUGCUCAGCAAUCCUCGAUUUUUAAUGAUUGCUCUGGCCUAUGCAAUUCCACUCGGGGUUUUCUCAGGAUGGUCUGGUGUUCUUGAUUGGAUAUUAACUCCAGUUCACAUAAGCCAAGUGGAUGCAGGUUGGAUUGGAUUUUGGUCCAUUGUAGGUGGCUGUGUUGUUGGCAUAGCACUAGCAAGGUUUGCUGAUUUUAUCAGAGGAAUGCUGAAACCUAUCCUACUUCUGUUACUGUCAGGAGCAACUUUGUCAUCCUUUUGGUAUACUUUGACAUGUUUAAAAACUGUCAUUCACCUUCCUUUAACUACAGCCACACUUUAUACUUCCUGCAUUUUGCUGGGUGUCUUCUUGAACAGCAGCGUUCCUAUCUUCUUUGAACUUUUUGUGGAAACGGUCUAUCCUGUUCCUGAAGGGAUUACCUGUGGCGUGGUCACCUUCCUAAAUAACAUGUUCAUGGGAGUUCUUUUGUUUUUCUUUAGUUUCUACCAUAGAGAAUUUUCUUGGUUUAACUGGUGCCUCCCAGGUUCCUGCUUACUAAGCCUUCUACUCAUCUUAUGCUUCAGGGAAUCCUAUGACAGACUUUAUCUGGAUGUGAUUGUCUCCGUUUGAAAACCUAAAGCAAGGAAGUUGAAGAGGAUGGAAAAUAGUACUGGGUUUGACCUGUUUUCUUGGAAAACACAUAGACUAAAGGUUACAGUAUACAUUCAAAAAUUCACCGGGAUUUUUUGGUUGAAUUUACAAACAAAAAGGGUUAUUUUUAAUUCCUAAUAUGAUAUUUUAUCAUUUAGAUUAUUAUGAUGAGUCUUGUAUUUGAAUGGAAUUAGAAUAUUUUUAAAGAAAAUACCUAUUCAGAAGAAUGUGUGCUAGAAGAAAAUAUGAACUGUGAUAUUUUAUUUAAUAAGCUGCUUGACUGCAAAGAUGUGUGCCAACUGAACCUACUUACAACAAAAGUAUAAUAGCAAUAUCAUCACAGUUAGGAACUAAUGAUGAAAUUUUUAUGGAUAAAAGCUUCUUUUUAACUCUUUUUCUUUUUUAACUGUUUGGUGUUUUAAUGAGAAUUCUGAUAAUCCCACAUUUGUCUUGCUUUGUAAUAACAUGCUAUUUUUUCAUUGUGGCAUGUUCAUAACUAGUGCUUCCAUGAUAAGAUUUUCAACUUAGUUGCUAGGGCUGAACAAAUUGUUGCUCUUUCACUGUGAAUCAUCUUCUAUAAGAGGGAAUUUAGUUAAAUACAAGAUAAAAGCUUUAACAUCUCCCUAGUUUUUUAUUUGAAGCUAUUUUUGCUUAUUUAAUCUGAAGAUACCAUUAUUUUAUUUUCCUCUCCAAAAGACAGACAGGCAGGCACAUACAUACACAGGGGGGGAGGGAGUAAGAGAGAGAGACUUCUUACUAAAUGGUUCUCGGCAAUUGGUGCUAUGAAUUAUGUGAAAUUAUUUAAAUGAAAUUGCCUUAUAACCUUGCAGCCUAAUAUAGACAUUAAAGUGAGUAAAUAGAGAAUUAUAGUCAUGAUAUACAAAAUUGUUUCUGUUCUUAAGAACUGAUAAUGUCUUAUAAAUAUGGCUUGGUAUUGAAGACUUUUACAUGAUUGUCUGAGAAUUAUUUUUGACUCGUGUGUCCUUCCAUCAGGAAGGAAGGGCCUCUUCCCCAAAUCUUUCAAAGACAAUGAAACAAAAAUUACAGUUUUUCUAUUAUAGAUUAGUCUUUUCCUCAAACUUGUUUACAAUGUAAAGGCUCUGCUUUUGUUUUUUUAAUAAAUGUUUAGUAAAGAGAUCUAUUGGUGGUCACAAGUGGCCAUAAGCAUUGCACAUUCAAAAUAUCAGAAUACAGAGCUUCUGAAAUUUAGCAUAGGCUAGAAAAAUACAAUGCUUUCACUGCUCCUGCAGCCUGUAUUUAAGAGGGACAAUUUUUUAUUUGACUUGUUUCCAAUGCUCUUUCAUCUUCAGUUGAUUUUCCAAAGUUUCUGGUACAUCAAAUCUAAAACAAGUCACACAUUACUGAAGGUAGCUUGUUUUUCUCAGUGUUAUGCUCAUUGUGACACAUAUAAAGGGAUGUCUUGUACUGUAACAAUCAUCUUGAUUUUUUUCAUCACCCAAACCCCGGAUGGCUAUCAUGUUGUCAUUCUGAGUCAGAAACAGCACUUUUCUGUUUGUCAUUUUUCCUAUAUGUAAGUGAAUUAUUUCUUUAGAUUAACUUUCAGGAACAUUAGUUGAGUUACUUGAUGCCUUUUUAUAAGAAUGAGGCCACAGUACCUGAUUGGCUAGCUAGAAGGAAGGCAGUAUUGCAUGCAUUAAUGACCUGGCUCUUGGUCCCCUGGGAUACCAUGGAGGCUGUCAGGGGGCCACAUUAAAGAAUGAAUUGUGCUGGUUGUAUGUACUGAAUCUUGGAAACUUGCGAAAGAUAAAUGGCUUUAUAAUAUAAUAAUAAAUGAUAAAAAGGAAGCCAUGCUUAGUAGCUCAUAGUGUAACUCCACAUUUUCGGGGAAACAAGAAGAGCAAAAACAGACUGCGGAUAAUAAAUAAGCUUUAUCUUCUUAAAAACCUUUCAGACAAAGAGAGCCAGUUUGGUCUACGCAGGUUAAGGCACUGGGCUAGAAAGCAAGAGCUGCAAGUUCAAGUCCCGCCUUAGCCUACAAUGCCAGCUGGGUGAUCUUGGACCAGUCGCUUUCUCUCAGCCCGAGUUGUUUCACAGGGUUGUUAUUGUAGGGGAAAUAGAAAGAGGAAGGAGUGUUGGAUAUGUUGACUGCCUUGAAUUAUUGGUAAAAAUAACAAAGGUGGAAUAUAGAUAAAUAAAAUCAAUCAAUAAGUAAAUCGCUGCAUCAUUGUUAUACAGUAAUAAGGGGUUGUGCAGAGUUUGCCUAAUAGAGCAAUGCCAAAAAGCCCCAGUAGGAUUAUGUCUUUAGUAAAGCCAUAUUACAUUAAAUUUGUGAUAGAAAUAGCCCAUGUUUUAUUAUACACAUGAUCUUUCUGUCAUUUGUUGUUUCAUUUUGCUUCUGUUCUGUUUUCUCCCUCGUAUCAAAUUAGAGCUCAUUUAUUAAAUAUUCUCUCAUCAGCAUUUUCUGCCAUUUCUGUUACUGGAGCUUCAGGGAAAGACACUUUAGCACCACAGUCAGGAAUUUCUCUGCACGAGGUCAGGGAAAUUCAAACUUGAAAUAUUUCACAUUAUUAAGCAGUAGCUGACAGUUUGUGAUAGCUUUAUGCCGCUGUUCCACAGGUUUUGGACUAGCUUUUCUGUAAUUGUUACUGAAUAACCAGGGCUGCCUGUCCUGUCUAAUUUCAGAACAUCCACAAAUGGAGCAACUUUAAGCACAAUUAUAAAUGAUUCUGUAAAAUUAUUUUUUUUUAAAAACCUGUAUCGUUUGACAAGUUAGCCCUGAAUUCUCAAAUUCCCAGUGUCUGAUCCAGUAUUAGUUCUAACCCAAUACUAUAAUUUGCAUAGAUCAGCAGCAAUAUGGCAUUCUGAGUAAAAUUACUCCACGUUUGUGCGUAAAUAUCAUAGUGUGCAUAAUGUCUGUGUUACUAAACAACCCAUGAGCUCAUCCUUUCAAAAAUAUUUCCUUACCAGAUUCAACAGUGACACAACUUCUAAUGUUCUUUCUUCACUAGAAAAUUAUCUGCCAACAUCAGCACAGGAAAUGUUUUAUGACAUUUUGUAUUAUGUCAUAAAUUGUUAUGUUUAUGUCAUAAAGUGUUUUGUACAAUUUGCCAAAUUUCAAUUCCUGUGAAGAUGGCCAAGCCUAGGGAGACUUGUCUCUCUGGAUUCAUGUUUUUUUUUUUUAAUUCCAGCUUAAUAACAAAGGAACUGGCAUUCCUUUAGUUCAUAUGCACCAUUUUACCCAGUUUAAAAUUAAAGCAAUUAGAAUUUUAGCAUUAUAUGGAUUACUAAGGCUGAAAACUUACUGACUCAGUACAAUUUAUGUAUAAAUCCACAUAAGAUUGUGUUGUAACAUAAGUAGGAUUACAUUUGCAUUCAGUUGUGCUAUGAUGCAUCACUCUAGGAUCAGUUUAUCCAUACAUAAUUAAUCAAUAUAUAACUAAUUAGGUAACCUGUACCUUUUCAUGUACUGUUGAAUUCCACCUGCAUUCGUGACAAUUUUAUUAGCAUUAAUAUUAAUCAAUAAAGGAAAAAGUACUUUUUUAGAAUAAAGUUUUUUUUGUCAUUACAAUUAUUGUAGUUUGUUCCAGGAGACAACCUGGGUAUUUGAAAGGACGAGUUAGUCAUAGUGAAGAAUUUAAAAAUACUUUACUGAGUGUGAACUGAUUCACAUUGCUUCACGGUGUUUGCUGAGAGGUAAAUCCCAUUGUAUUUAUUGAACUUUAUUACUACCUAAUUUAUUAUUUUAGCUUGAAUGUAUCCUAAUGAAAUUAGUAGGAUUUGGAAAAUACAUAAUUUUUAUUGGAAUCUGUGCAAGCUUGCCAUCAUAGAUGUGUGUGAUUUCUACAUAUAAAAACACAUUAGAACUAUAAAGCAUUUUAUACUAACUUCCAUGCAAGCUACUCUUACACAGAGAACUCUUGGACUUAAAAAAGAAAGAAAGAAAAGAUAAUAGUCACUAGAGACAGGGGAAGGAAUGCUAAACAUUUUCCAUGCUUUCAUUCUGUUACGUUGUGCUCUUUUCCUCCGUGACUUCUAAAAAAAACAGAUAGAAAAGUAGAUGAAGAAUUAAGCAUUUUUAGUCUUCCUCAGUUUUUUGUAUUUGAAUUUCUUUUCUUUUUUUAAAGAAAAUUGUUGCAUAGGAGACCCUGGUAUCAUGCAAUCUGUUCUGGCUAAUAUAGUAUCUUACUUUGAAAGUGUGCUAAAGCUUCUAUCGUUUUUAUCUUGAAUUCUAUUUAAAAAUGAACAUAAGAAUUAGACUUACAAAACACAAUGGAAAAGAUGUCUUAAGUAUAAAAGUUGUGCAAUUCACAGCAAAAGAAUUUCUAGCACCCUUGUCCACAGUUCUCUAUUAUUCAUGAAAAGGAAUCUUCAAUUCAGUGAAGGGAAGCUACCAAUGCACCCUUAGGAUUCAGCUUGGCAUUUUCUGAUGAUGCUUGUAAGUUAAACUGUACUGCUAUUUGAUACAUCAGAAGCAUAACAUUGUCUAGGAUAAUGUGAUAAUCCUUGUUGAUCUGUUAUAUAGUGCAUAUAUCUUUCUUUUCAACAAAUUGGCCAGCCCCAUAUUCAAAAAAUGCAUAUUGUGAAAAGACAUAAUAUAAAGAAUGCUAAAGCAGUUUAUAGACAAAUCUCUCAUACCAGUAUUUUCUUUGUAUGUCUUACUAAAAAUGGAACUAAAUACAUAUUAGUUGAAAUUAAGUAAUAUCUUAACCACUUUCUCUAAAUUGUCUGUAAAGAUUUCUGAUGGUUGCAAUUUUGAUUUAUUCAUUAUCUUCCUUGAUAAUGACCUGGAGAACUACAUUCUAAUUUGCCAGCAUGGCAGAAAUUAGGUGUUUGUGAUAUCGUUACAUAUAUAAUGGGCAUCAUAUUUUAUUUUCCAGCAGCAAUGUGAAAAAUUCUCGUAUUUCAUAUAUAGUGAGGGGUAGAAGAAGAAUCACUGUAUAAACUAUUAAAUAGUUUUAAUUAAUUAAAAAUUUAAUUAAAGUCUAUUUAAUUAAAUAGAUUUUUUUCCCAUGCAAAUUCAAUUAGAAAAGUUAGAAUUAGUCCCCUGAUCUUGGCCUAAUGCCAUUCAUUUCCAUACAACAUCUAAAGGGAAGUACAGAUAAUAGUCUACUUAUGGCUGGUCACUUAGCAACCAUUUGAAGUUAGAAUGAACCUCUCCAGAAUUACUUACAGCCUAGUUUUGAAAUUCUAUUGGCUGCCAUUUGUCCCCCAAUCUUAUGAUCACAUUUUGCAUUCUUGGUAACUAGCAUACAUUUAUGGCCAUUUGUAGUGUUCUAUGAUCAUGUGACCCUGAUUUUCAGCAUUCUUCCAGAAACCAGCAUUUAUUUCUGCUUCCUGGGGGUUAACAACCCCCAUUUUAAAAAGUCAUAAAAUUGGACAUAGUUGUUUGAACUAUUUGACUCCUGCCACGACUUAGGGCCAUAAGUCCAGGGUCAAUUGCAGCCAUAAGUUGAGAACUAUUUGUACCUCAGUGGACUGUAUAUCAUCUCUACCUUUGUUAGAGAGUUACUAGAUAUAAACUUUUAUAAGUGAGAUUUCAUUCUCUGCUAUAUUUCUUCUGAAUAAAAUAAGUAGAAAAAAUGCAGUUCUUUUGAAUUACAUAAGAAUAUUGACUCUCAGUUUAAUUCUAUCUAGAUUCUCUGACUACAUGCAUUAUCAGCCAGGAGGCACUUCUUUUUUGAUUAAUACCUGAGAUAUUGAUUAGUUUGAUAUCAGAAUAAAUAAAAGGACUUAAUUCCAGGCAUGUAUAUUUAUUAUUGAAGUAACAAAAGUCUCAGGAAUGUAUAUUAACAGAUUAUAUGUAGCGUAGAUGCAAAGAGGUUUUUGUUUACCUAAACAAACCUGUUUUCUGUCAAUGCCCAGUGAUUUCCAUCCCUGCAUUGUAAAUUGACAAAAAUAAUAAGCAGCAAAGUAUUUUUACAUGCAGGAUAAAAAUUGUAUUCAUGUGACUUCACUGUACAUACAAAGAUGUAAAGGUGAAAAUUGAGGAUUUAAAAUAUUUAUGAAUGCUAAUGAUGGAGAGAUUUAUCUUUGAACAAUUGUUUUAUAUAUGUGAGAGAAUACGCUUAUUCCAAGAUGAGUGCUACAGGAGUCCUUGUUUGGUGACUUUCUCAUUUAGAGUCAGUUUGCAGAUAAGGGUGAUGAAAAAAUAAAUUUGCUACCAACCUUUGCAUUUACAGCCUUCGUAGUUCUUUAACGUAAGAUCUGUGUAAGUUCAUAAGCACAGUUAUGGUUUUGCUUAGCUACCACUUUGCUUAAUAACCAAAUUGCUGAUCCCAAUUGUGGCCACUAAACAAGGACUGCCUGCACUACACAUUUUAAAACAUGUUGUUUUUUCUUCAGAAAAUCGUUUUCUGGUGUGCGUGUAUUCAGCUGCUCAAUAGUCUUAUGCAAGAAAGAGCAUGUAAGAAAUGCAUUGUACCCAACACCCAAUUCAGCCUUCAUAUUAUGAACAAAUGAUGCCCAUUAUUACAUCUGUACAAUGAAUUUGAUUGGUUGGCAUGUUUUCUGGGAGUGGGUUCUGUGAUUGGUGGGCAUUGUAUCACAGUCCAAGCCCUGCCCUUUUUGUCUGUAAACAAAAGGGAAGGGUGGGUAUCUUGAUGCCGUGCCCUCAAUCUUGCAGAUUUUGGCACAAAUACACACAAAGCACAUUGAGCCUGUAGUAUGAGCAAAUCCUGUGAUACACGGAAAGGGUGGCAUGAUCCUCAAAACCUGAUUGAGAAAAUUAGAAAUCUGGCUCAUUACCAGCUGUCCUGGUGUUGUGAAAUGUUUUGAAGAAAUCUGUGUUACCUCAAUUGAAAACGUGGUCAGAUGUGUAACCUCUGAGUAAAAAAAUAACCUGCUACAACUAAUUGUAGUUCAACCACUUAACUAAUUUUCAUUUUGCAUAAUCUGUUCCAUUUUAUAUGGUUUUUAUCUACCCUCCAUUAAGCAGGAAAUAGUAUAAAGAGGUAUCAAGAGCCUCCUCCUUUCUUGGAAAGGAGAUUUUAUUUUGUUCUUUUUAUGACAUUGGAAACAUUAUACUUUUUCUUCCUAAUACAUUCUCAAGCAUGUCUUAAUAAAGCUAGAACUGUCCUUCGUGUCAUUUGGUGGCUUGGCGUUGCAGAAUACCUUUGAGAGUGUUAAAUUUCUACAGUUUUGGAUACCCAUCUGACAUCUUAAGUUUAAUUUUUAUUUUCAGUUAAAUGUGCACUGCUUGUUCUGACAUAUCUACCAUCCACUAAAUAAUGGAAAGAUUUUCGUAAAUAACGUCAUCUUUUUAUAAAUGCUUACAGCUUUGAGCUAUGGUGGAAGAUCAAAAAUUUAGACCUUUCUUUUCCUUUUUUACUAGCUACCUACAAAAUGGUUUGAUGUAUACCUAGGUGAAUUCUAAUACUGUACAUUUAAAGCUAGUUCCAAUGCUUUAUUAAUUUAAUAUUUAACAAUCCCUUUUCCAAUCCCUUUUCACUUAUUUCUGCCAUUUUUAUUUUAUUUUGAUACUUUAUAAACAAAUGUAUAAGCUCACCUGUUGGAAUUCUGCAUGUUCUGUGUGCAAUAUUUCUAACUCUGUUUCUGAGAAAUGUUUUUUUACAGUUGUGUUAAUUACUUUAACAAAGUCUGGUGGCGUGAAUAUAUAAAAACUAAAAUGCCAAUUCUUUUUGGGGUUGGGGGGGGUGGAGGGUUAAUUAAGUCUGAUAUUGUUAAAGGAAGGGAGAAAUAUUAAAUUAGGAUUUGUAAUAAUUUACUUUUUGUAAUUUUGUAAAAAAAAUGAUACUUUUAUUUUAAGGUUCUACUUUUGUAAGUAAUAUACUGACAUGCGGCACAAUCUGUCAGAAGUACAUCCUGCUUUUAUCUCAUUGAAAUUUGGGAAAAAGCCCUACCUCUUUCAUCUUAUUUUUUGAACUUUAGCAGGAUAGAGUUCUCAUAUGUUGUGCCUAAAAUGCCUAUUAUUUUAUAAAGAGAAGUUAUUUAAAACCACUGUCUAAUAUACUAUAAAAAUAAAACUUCCUGUAUCAGAGCUAUCUUAAUGCCACAAUCUUACUGUUAAAUGUUGUGUUUUAAUAUGUGUAAUACUUGAUAUGCAUUAAAAGAUGUUAAUUACG